AUGCUUAUUACUGCAAUGGAAUCUAUUGCUUCAUCUUUGAAGCAAGCUGAAAUUAUUCCCGAUGUCUCGGAUGAGUUUGUGCCCGAGGCACUACUUGAUAUAACCUACGGUGAGAAGAAAGUAGAGCUUGGCAACAGAUUCACUAUGGGAGAAACAGAUAAAGCUCCGAUCGUUAAUAUUGCGCUUGGUGUAGCAGGCGAUGAUAAAUCUCGAUUUACGUUGAUGAUGGUUGAUCCUGAUGCACCGAGUCGUCGUCAACCAGAUAAAAGAGAAUGGCGUCAUUGGGUCAUUGGAAAUAUUCCAUCUGAUGGAAAUUUGAGCGGAGGAACAGAACUUGAUGGUUACGCAGGACCAACUCCUCCCUCAGGAAGUGGAGACCAUCG